UUUGAGAAAAAAGGAACAACAAAUUUCUUAUCUUGAACGCAGUGAAACUAAUACAAUAGAAAGUGCAAAUUAUGCGUUUGCAAAUUGAGUCAUAGAAGAAAUUUUUCACAAUAGAAUCACGGGAAUAUAUAAAAAUAGUGCCAUAUUUAAAAAAAAAACAUAACCUUAUUUUCUUGAACAUUUUAUUAGUCAUAUUAAAAUCAAUUUACGCAUAUAUACUUUUGUGUACUUUGCCUAUUAUUACGAUUGUAAUGUGUCAGUUUAAUAAUUGGACAAUAAAACAAAAAAAUCUACAUUUUCAGUAGAAUUACGAUUUGUCAUUAUCAGUUGUGUGAAAGUUUAUUUGAAAAACAUUCUAAUUUAGAAAGAUUAAAUAUAACAGCCAUGAACUUUUGUUCUCGCAAGGUCUAAUAAUUUAACUGUUAAUAAAUUACCAUGGCUUCAGAGGAUGACGUUUGUUGGUAUCAUGAAAAUCUUUCUCGUGAAGAUGCUGAAAUAUUAUUACAAGAAGAUGAACGUGGGAAUGGAACAUUUUUAGUUCGUGAAAGCAGUUCAUCAUCGGGAGAUUAUGUUUUAUCGGUAAUACAUAAAGGACAAGUAAUACAUUAUCAAAUUAGAAAACAUGGAGAGGAUGCAUUUUUUUCAAUAGGAGAUGAAACUACAAUUCAUGGAUUAGAUACAUUAAUAGAGUACUAUCAGGAAGAUAAUCAUGAAUUAGAGAUUAAAUUAAAGGCACCAAUAAAAGGUGUUCCUCCGCCACACGAUGCAAGAAGACACGGUCGAACAAAUUUAUUACAUCGAGCUACAAUUCAACAAAAUUACACGAUUGUUUCGGAAUUAUUAAAAUGUGGAUACAGAAGUUUGGAAGCUAAAAAUCAAUUAGGACAGACCGCCGUUCAUUUAGCAGCCAAGGAUGGAGCUGAUGAAAUUCUCAAAAAGUUAAUUCAAAAUACAGCCAGUGUGAAUUGUCGAGAUUCUGCUGGUUAUACGCCUCUUCAUUACGCUUGUCAAAGUAAUCUUCCGAAUACGGUACGAAUUCUUAUUUUGGGAGGAGCAAAUGUUCAGGCACGUCACACUGAAACUGGAAUGGUUCCCUUGCACGAGGCAGCAAGUAGAGGACAUAAGGAGGUAAUUGAAGUUCUUCUUUCUCUGAAUGCGCCAGUUAAUCCAAGAACACUCGCCGACGAUGUUCCUGCCGAUCUUGCUAAACGAAAUAGCCAUUCUGAAUGUGAAAAGUUUUUACGUAAUUAUCAACCACCGAUUCCAAAAGAAAAAUUAAGUGAUUGGUAUCAUGGAACUUUAGACAGAAUGGAAGCAAUUCGUAUGUUACGUGAAAACGGUGAAGUUGAUGGUUCAUUUUUAGUUCGAUUUAGUUCGAGAAAUAAUGGAAUGUACGUUCUUUCUGUUAUGUAUCACAAGCAUGCAUUUCAUUUUCAAAUUCAAAAAAAGGGUGAAUUUUUGUUUAUUGACAAUGGACCCUAUCUCUCAUCAUUAGAACAUGUUGUCGAGUAUUAUCGUUCCAUUCCAGAUGGACUUCCUUGUCCUUUACAUAAUCCAAUGAAACCUGGACCAAAACCACCAAUUCCCGAGAUGCCACCUUCAAUAUUUAAUGGGAGCACUUUGAAAAAGAAAAAAGAGGUUAGCGUAAAAAAAGGAAUUUCAGAUAUUGUAAUGAGUCAAACAUUACCGAAACGUUUGCAUCAGAGUAAAUCCGAAACAACAGAAUUGCGUCAAGAAAAUUUUCCCCACGCGGCAUUUACGACUCUACCAAGACGAUCGUCACCUGGGGCUGUUUCACCAAAACCGGAAAUUGAAACUAAUCAUAAAGGUUUUAUUCCUGUUGACAAACUUAUUCUUGGCGAAGUAUUAGGUGAGGGAGAAUUUGGAGCGGUUUAUCAAGGUGUUUAUAAAUCAGCACCAAAUAUAGAAGAGCCAGUGGCAAUUAAAACACUUCGCGAUUCUUACAAUAAUGCGACGAGGGAGGAAUUUUUAAGAGAAGCUAUUCUAAUGAUGACACUUAAUCAUCAUUGUAUUGUUAAAUUAAUUGGAUUCUCCGAAGGACCACCUUUGAUGAUGGUACAAGAACUCGUUUCAUUGGGUUCAAUGUUGGCGUAUCUUUUAGAAUUUCCUGAUCGUGUUAGUCCACAAUAUGAAUUGAAAUUGUGGGCCUCUCAAAUUGCUUGUGGUAUGAAAUAUUUAGAAGAAAUGCGUCUAGUUCAUAGAGAUUUGGCAGCUAGAAAUAUUUUACUAGCUUCGAGAAAUCAAGCGAAAAUCAGUGAUUUUGGAUUGUCGAGAACUUUUGGUUCUAGUGAUUAUUAUAAAGCAACAGCUGGUGGAAAAUGGCCGAUUAAAUGGUAUUCACCGGAAUCGUAUAAUUUUGGAAAUUUCACUCACGCAAGCGACGUUUGGAGUUAUGGUGUGACAUUAUGGGAAAUGUUUUCUUAUGGAGAGCAACCAUACGGCGAUCGACGUGGUGUUGAUGUUAUUCAAUUGGUGGAGAAAGGUGAAAGACUUCAAAAACCUGAAACGUGUCCUGAUGAUGUUUAUAAAAUAAUGCAACAAUGCUGGUCCUAUGAACCUGAACUUCGUCCGACAUUUAAAGAUCUUUUAGAAAUUUUCAGUAGUGAUCCUGAUUAUGCGAACAUUAAGGAACUCGUCACAGAAGUGGAUAUCAGCUGAUAAAAACUUUUUUUACAACUUCUGACUGAUAAAACUUUGUUAAAAAGGUAUUUUUUCUGUAAUUUUAUCUUUUUUUUUUUUUUCGUUAGCAUUUUUACGUAUUUUAAUAAUGAAGGCCAUAAAUCGAAUAGAAAUUAUUUAAUUAUUACAUUUGAAAACUUUUUCUGUUCAAUUAGAAAGAACUAUUAAAAGUUCAACAAAAAAAAAGAAAUUCAAAGCGAAAAAUUAGUUUUAUGUUUAAAAAUAUUUAUUAAGAGAGCAGGAUAUUAAAGGAGAUGUUUUUGAUAUAAUUAAAGUUCAUGGUAUUCAUGACUACAAAUUUAUAAACAUUUAUAUAAUAAAUAUAUAUAUAUAUAUAUUAUAUAUAUAUAUAUACAGUUGAAAUUGAGUUAUUUUUAUAUAUUAGUUAUAAUUAGUCAAUUCUUCAAGUAGGAAUAAAAUCAAUAGUCUCUUGAUUUAUAAUAUUUUUAUAUGUGUAUAUUUUUCAUUUUUUAAAAUUUGAAAUUGUAUUUUAUAGAAUAGGGAGCCAAAACAGUUUUCUGUAAAAAAUAAAUCUACUUUUAUAAAUAUAUUAUCGUGGUUUUCCAAAUAAUCUGUAUAUCGUUUUAAAGAUUUUCACAUAAAAAUUAACAAACAAUGAUCAUAGUAUAGUUUUGUCUCAUAAUGCUCUACACUUUCCUGAGACGAAAGUCCUUUGUUGCAUUAAGAAGGCAUUUUAUUAUCCAGUACGAAACAUUAUUCUUUUUCAAUAUCUUUUUUUUUUCUAAAUGUUUCAAAGAAAUUAAAUUUUUUUUUUUUACAUUGUUAACUCGGUGCAAGAGAGACACAUACAUAGUCAUAAUUUGAACAUUUUUUUUUUAGACAUUAAAUGUAAUAUAAAUAUAAAAUUCUACUGUUUCUGUUUAAGAUAACAGUUUUUAGACAUAAUAAUUUAAUGAUAUUACAAUCGCCCCGGAAACAACAAUUAUUCACUCCACUUAAUUCACGCUUACGAUUAAUAUAUAUAUAUUUUUUUUUUGGGACUUGAAAAGUUCAUAUUUGUAAAUUACUUUGCAUGAUUGUACUAUUCAAGUUUUUUUUUUUUUUUUUAUCAAUUU